CAAAUCAAAUCAAACAUAAACGUCUCUCCUACUCCUCCUAAACAGUUCUAGAUCCUUCUCCAAAAGGCCACAAACUACUUGUGGUCACACAAAAAUCCUUCUUUCUCUCGUUCGGUGCUCUGCAAAAGGUUCAGAAAAUGGCUGAUUGGGGUCCGGUGAUCAUAGCGGUGGUGCUGUUUGUGCUGUUGAGUCCGGGUCUUCUGUUUCAAAUACCUGGUCGAGGAAAGGUGAUUGAGUUUGGGAACAUGCAAACAAGUGGAGCUUCCAUUCUUGUUCAUGCCAUCAUUUACUUUGGACUCAUCACUAUUUUACUCAUUGCUGUUGGUGUUCACAUCUACACUGGGUAAAUAUAAUUAACAUACUGGAUGGGGAUCUAGAUCGAUCGAUGCAUUUUCUUUUACUUAUUUUUAUUUUAUGUCUGUACUCCGUAGUUCGUGUGUUUGUGUAGUACAAUACAAUACAAUAGUUACGUUGUUGAAAGAUAUUGAUUGUUUUGUGUUUGGAAGAUACGAUUUGUGAUUCUGUUUGAGUUUUUAA